AUGUCGUGUGCUGCUAUGACCCACCCCAUGUCGUGUGCUGCUAUGACCCACCCCAUGUCGUGUGCUGCUAUGACCCACCCCAUGUCAUGUGCUGCUAUGACCCACCCCAUGUCGUGUGCUGCUAUGACCCACUCCAUGUCCUGUGCUGCUAUGACCCACCCCAUGUCGUGUGCUGCUAUGACCCACCCCAUGUGGUGUGCUGCUAUGACCCACCCCAUGUGGUGUGCUGCUAUGACCCACCCCAUGUGGUGUGCUGCUAUGACCCACCCCAUGUCGUGUGCUGCUAUGACCCACCCCAUGUCGUGUGCUGCUAUGACCCACCCCAUGUCGUGUGCUGCUAUGACCCACCCCAUGUCGUGUGCUGCUAUGACCCACCCCAUGUCGUGUGCUGCUAUGACCCACCCCAUGUCGUGUGCUGCUAUGACCCACCCCAUGUCGUGUGCUGCUAUGACCCACCCCAUGUCGUGUGCUGCUAUGACCCACCCCAUGUCGUGUGCUGCUAUGACCCACCCCAUGUCGUGUGCUGCUAUGACCCACCCCAUGUCGUGUGCUGCUAUGACCCACCCCAUGUCGUGUGCUGCUAUGACCCACCCCAUGUCGUGUGCUGCUAUGACCCACCCCAUGUCGUGUGCUGCUAUGACCCACCCCAUAUCGUGUGCUGCUAUGACCCACCGCAAGUGGU